AUGGCGACGAUCGUAUGGCGACGCGUCUGGAGGAGAUUCGCGAGUGGCUCAAGUUUCGAGGAUGCUUGUCGCCGCUGGACCUUCCUUGCUCCAUUUCCUUUCGGGAGAAGCCCGUACCUCUCAGCCUGGAGCACACACGUGGCGGCUCUGCGGAUUGCCACGUGGCAGGCAGCAGUGUGGUUUGCGUCCCACUUUCUGAACCGCACGGGGCACAAGAGAUGGUUAGAAAGGCGGCUGGGACUUUGCUGCCUGGCGCCGCUGCUGCUGGUUUGGGAGAGGAGGGAGGAGGGGGAGGACGAGGGGGAGGAGAAGGAGGAGGAGGAGGAGGAGGAGGAGGAGGAGGAGGAGGAGGAGGAGGAGGAGGAGGAGGAGGAGGAGGAGGAGGAGGAGGAGGAGGAGGGAGGAGAAGGGGAGGAGAGGGGGAGAGGGUGGGAAGGAGGGAAAGGAGGGAAAGGAGGAAACGGAAGAGAAGGAGGAAGAGGAGAGAAAGGGGAACAGGGAGGGGGAGGAGGAGAGGAUGGAGGAGGAGCAAGGAGGGAGGAGUGGAAGGAGAGAGGGAGACGAAAAGGUGAUGCGGAUUGUCAAAAGUAA